AGUAUUUUAUCAAUAAUUAUCUUUCUAAAACUACAAUCUUUUCGCUGAAAUUAUAAUAGAUGAACAAAACGAGGUAACAGUGAUAUAACGUUUGUCUGGAUUUGCAUAAUUUUCACAAAGAAGGCUCAACGCAGAGAAUAAGGAACUUUUUCCAUACGAUCCAAGAUAUUGGAAACAAGUACUGGUUCUUUUUGGAAUUCAAAUAGUCCUAUCAAUCGGAAUAACACUUGGUUUGACGAAUAAAUGAUAAACCAUACAUGACUUUAGUCCUGAUACUUAUUGAGACAGUGCUGGCAAUAUUAAAUGAUGGGAUAUUAGUGUUGCUUUUGGUUUCAACAACAGUGCGAAAAAAGUAUCCAGUAAAUAUUGUCCUUUUGAUGUUAUAUGUAAGUCUGUGAUAUGCAGUUUUCGAGUUAUAACAAACUUCCGCAUCCGCUUAAUUAUAUAGUCCGCUAAUGAAAAAAUUCAUUCAUAUUCACAUCACCUUUAUUGAUAAAGGUAAAUAUUCUAGAAGGAAUAAAGGUCUUUCAAAUUCACACACUUUCUGGUUACACUGCAUGCUACAAAUUCACUUAGAUUCACUUGGUAUUGUUUUGCUUGUAUCUUCCUAUUGAGGUCUAAGACUGCAAAUGAUCAGUCUGUCAUUGGCAUAUGUGAAUACUGUGCGUAUGCCUCGAUAUUGCCUUAAUUCACAAGCUUUUAUAAGCAAAGAUGGAUAGUGGCUAGUAGUGGAAUCCAGGACACGCGUUUCGUCCUAUUUGGGACUCGUUAGCUGCAUGUGCCUGCAUCUCAGAGUUGAUGUUCACUCUGGGACUCAAAAACAGUACCAUUCGCUUGAAACGCCAUCGCGUUAUCUACUCAGCUACUGAGACCUGAUAGCUACUUGCUUGUGCAAUGGGGUGAAUUUAAAUUCACUUGGUAUUGUUUUGCUUGUACAUUCCCAUUGAGGUUUAAGACUGCAAUUGAUCAACUCUGAGAUUCAGGCACAUCAAGCUGAUGAGUCCCAAGUAGGACGAAACGCGUGUCCUGGAUUCCGUUGCUAGCCAGUAUCCAUCUUUGCUUAUAAAAUUCACUUAGACUUUUCAACAUACACAUUUUAAUCCUGUUCAAAGAAGCUAAUUUUAGUUCUCACUUAGUAAAUUUGUGUUAGAUCUCGAUAUUGAGAGUUUGAUAAUUGUGACAUUAUUCACAGUUUUAAAGAUCGUAUAUCAGAUUAAUCUACUGAAUAAUUUACUAUAAACUGAUUUAAUUAUUAAAAAAACCACAUGGUUCUAAGUAAGUUUGAGGAUAUUACAAAGAAAUAUGAAAUUGUACAAACGGUUGGCUUCAAUUAUUAUUAAAUAUAUUCAACUCUUGACUUUUUUCUACGUCUUAGACGGUACUUACUUCAAUGAUGGUUGCUCUUCCAUUCACAAGUUUGGAAAUUAAAUGGCAACUUACAGCAUGGGCAGUUACUUUGUUAUCGUUUGUAGUAUUUACAUUAUUAGGAGCAUCUAUUCGAAUACGUUUAUUAUAUACAAAUUUAUGGUUUAUUGUAAUCUACACCGCAGCGUUUAUUGUUAUCAUAGUUGCUGUAUUUGUCUCAAGAUAUUUACAACUAAAGGUAUGUUUUGAAAAGCUAACUGUGGUUAAAGAUUUUGAGUAAUUUUUUUCAUAAUAUUUCAUAUAUAUAUUAGGUACGAAGAUUUUAUGCGCUCACUUAUACAGAGCUUACUAUUUCGUUUUAAAUGGUGUGAUUUAAGAAAAUAUAACUUUGAUGAUGCAGAAUGUUUUUAUUAGCUGACGCUCAAAGUAGAAUUUCUGAAAAGUAAUACCAUAUCUACAUAUCUACACAACACUCAAAUUAGAUGUAUAUACAUCUGAAUUAUCAAGUGUUGUAUCGUAUUAUCCAUAUAACGUUCUUUUCAGAUCAUAAUGAUCGUUUGUGCUGUAUAUUCAGCUAUGUUUUUAAUCAUAGUAAGUUGAAUUCACAAUAUCUCCAUUGUUGUAUUAUGUAUUUUCACGUUUUUCAUACUGUCAUAGAUGUUUUUCUGUAAUCUAUUUUGUAAAUUAUUGAAACAUGAAUUAUUUUAGAAUUCACAUUACUAAUUGAGCUCACUUAGAUAAAUGAAGAAAGCAAAAAGGAUUUACACCAUAUAGGACUCUUCAGCUACGCAAAUCAAUGACAGCACCGAUAAUCGAACUUAGAAACUUUAGUUAAUGAAAGUCGGCUGAGGUAAGAUAUAUAAGAUAUUUAAUAUAGCCUUAAUGAAUUAAAAGACAAGCAUUUCAUGCUCAUCAGAACUCUCAUAUAAUAAAAGACGUUUUGGCCUGACAUUAAGCAGAUAUCCUCAGUGAAAUGUUUCAAUAUAUUAAAUGGCAUAAUUUAAUAACACGGACAAGUGUAUGUCCAUUACAACAUAAUCCGAUUGAAUAUAGAUUUUUGUUUAGAGAGUAUAUUUACAGAAGGCAUCAAAUAAAAAUUGUCCGAUAUUGCAAUCAUGAAGUUCAUCAUACAUUCGAUUCUUCACUUAUUCUAACGUGUACUAAGUACUUAAGCAUUAGCUUAGAUUGUGGUCGGUAAUUAGAGGAUUUUUUAAAUAGUUUCUUUCAAAAAGAUGCAAUUCAAAUCCAUGCAGUUACUUUCUUACUCAAGUUUAACUUGAGAAAGAACAUUAUUUUAAGAAUACAACGAAUUCAUUGUAUUCCAUUGAUUUAUCAUCAACUACUUACAAACGUGUUCCUUUAGUUAGAUCCUUGACCAAGUGUCCACAGAUGGUAAAAUAAGGAUUGUGUGACACUGCGUUUCGGUAGUUUGUUCUAUACAAGUUAAGGGCCUUGUUCAAGAAUCUUUAUGGAUCAACAUUUUUCGGUUCAGACAAUAAAUGUGGUUAAUAAUCGGCGAGUGGUUAAGUGAAAUUUAUUCAAAGCAGUCACACUGGCGUAGAUUCAUGUUAGUUUGUACAUUUGAUAGUUUAUUUACAAUUAUAUAAUAUAUCGUCGAACCGUAUAUUUGACGUACAAAAUAUCUCAUUUUCGUCAUUGCUUGUAUCAUUUAGGCAUUGUGAUGCUCACUGUGUUAAUUUCAUCUGGUCCCAGUCGUGAGAUAUAGAUAUUUGAGUUAUUGAAAUUAUGUAUAUCACUCUGUAUUGAUUUUACCUGAAUGAUAAAGUGACAUUGCCGAAAUUCAAUAAAAUGAUUUAUCUAUCAAAGAAAUACUAUUCGACGAGUCUCAUGUAACUCACAUCCAAAUUGAAUCGUAUCUCUACGAUAGUGAGUCGAUGACAGACUUAAGUAGUAUAAAGAAGUUUGAUUAACAUGUUACGAGAUAACUCAAAUUAGUAGUGUACAGUUGUCUGUUACACGUUAUACCAGAUAGACCGUUCAGUCAUUCGUUUCUUUCUGCAUGAUUUGAAAUAUUUUCAUCCAGACAUUACUUUAUCAAAAAUGCAACUUAGGGGAAGAAAUAUUUUGCAUACUUAUAUGUUUAUAUGAAACUAUUUAAUAAUAAAAUAAAUCUUGCAUUUUCUUACAGUUAAUGCUGAGUGUAGGACAGGCAACAUUUGGUAGACAAGACGUUCGAAUUGCCGGUGAUGAUUACUGUUUAGCUGCAUUGAUUUUGUACACCGUAUUGAUGAUGGAUUGGUUAACAGCCAUUCAAAAUUUUCAAUAUUUCACAAACAACACACUGAAUGAAACACAAACCAAUAAUUACAGACAAGUUUCAUUCGAAGUGUUGAGAUCUAAUAGAAUGCUAUCGUUAUAUUAGAAACAUCAUUCAGAUUUUACUAUACGACUUAAUGGUUAUAUAUAUAUAUAUAUAACAAUCUUCAUGUCCUCAUUAGUAACAUGGUUCGAUAGGAAACUUUCACAUUCUGUUGAGAAGUCAUGACCAGUGGAGAUAAACCAUAUCGUGUGUAGAGCAGUUCCCCACUGAAGACCAUGAGAGAUAGUCACAUGAUAUCGUGAACUGAUUAAAAUUGGACGUCAGUACUAUUGGAUAAUGGCUCAAUGAUCUGAGUUUAAGCGUCCACAAGCAAGACAGAAAAUCAUAGGAUCAUUCCUGCAUGUGAGGUCGUGAAUGCAUGUUUUGUGGAGAUCAUAGAACUAAGUGAAUGUAAUCUUUUGGACAUGCAACAAGAAAAUUCGAUUCUAGAACUACCACAAAUUUUGAAUCGCGAGCUGACCUUUAUAAGACUAUAAUGGGAGUCUUAUACUAGGACGAAACGACCGUCAAGUGCUUCCAGUUUUUCAAUAGUGGUCCAAAUUAGAUUAACUCAUGACUUCAAUGCAAUUCGACAAUCUCAAAAACUUCUUACUGACAAUAUUAAUGUUUAUCAAAAAUAAUUUAAAUUACUCUUGAUGUAAAAGAGAUCAGAUGUGGCUAGUAGUAAAAUGUAGGACACGCGUUUCGUCCUGUCUUGAACAUGGGAGUUGGAUGUACCUGAAUGGGAUCAAAUGACUUUUGAUUUCAGGAAGUAGGAAUAUAUCGUUUGAUGGUCUUAUCAUUUUCAGUAGCUACAAUUGUGAACCCAGAAUACGAUUUCACGUAGAAGCGCUCUUAUUUUUUAGAAUAACUUUAGUACAGGUACAGUAAUAAGAAUGAGUCAGUUAGCUAUGAGUAAUAUUUACUGACUACCUUUUACAAAAUUAGUAAUAUCUCAACACUUAAUAACUAUUAUAGUGCCUAAGUUCUGCUCAAACCUGAAGUUUCAUAAAUGUCUAAAUAACAAUUGCCAAAAAGUUUGAUUAGCAUUUAUUAUCUUGACAUUAUCUUCAUGAUAAAUUUAUUACGUAAAAUUUCAAGAAAUAAUUGUCCUUGUCUGUGCACUUACCAACACACUGAAAGUUUGACAAGAUAUCUGCAGGUCAUGUAGUACAUCCCACUCAGUUUAAAUAAAAAAGUUUCAAAUUAAGUAGAUGUCAAUUGGCAACACGGUAGACAUACUAAUAGCUGUACAUGUUAGUUAGUUAUCUUGUUUAAUUACCAGAUUAUUAAAAAACUACGAAUAAAUGUAACACAAUAUCAACGAAAAUAUGUUUAUUCUGGUGAUAAGUCACCUUUUAUAUGACAAGCGUUAUUGAAAUUUACACAAACUAUUGACGAGAAGUGUGUUUUGUCGAUCAUAGUUAAGAGUUUGAUCUUGAAUAAUUCCUUAGUAAAUCGAAUGUUUUUUCGCGAACAUUAACUGAUUGUACAAAUAACAUCUUCAUCAACCAGAUGAAUUCAUUCACAAUGUAUACAUAUACAUAUGUAUGUACUUAUGAAGUACUGCCGCAUAUUAGUUUUUAAAUGAUUCGAUUUCAGUGAUAAAAGUUUAUUUAUUUCAUAAUGUUAGGGGUGAAGUUGUGUCACCACUCAUCUGUUAAAAAUGCUGGGUGGGAGUAUAAUCUGAAAAUCAGAAGGAUUAUAAGUUGUUCUGAUUAGGUUGGUCAUAUAUACGUCAUGCUCAUCACCUCAUGAGUAUUUGCCGAUUUUAUUAAAGAAGGCUUUAUUUUGUUUAAAAAUGAAGAUUGUGACGAAACUAUUGAGAAAGUAAAAUGUCUUUUUAUCCCACAAAUAUCUCAUAUAUAACGCCUGUAGCUCUUAUAGGGUUGCUGCCAGUCCCAAGCCCGGGUAAAGGAGGAGGGUUGUGCAUGGGGUUAGCGAAUUCAUCCCGUAGAAAACUAACUCGCUAAAAAAACGCUUACCAGAAAAAAUAAUCCAAACCAUUUUAACUCUGCCCUGGGAGUUAGAAGGUCUUCAUUUAGAAGAAUUAUGACGCUUCAUGGUGAAAGCCGAGUUCCUUCGGAAGCCACGAGGCCGAUUCCCCUUCUAACAACCAGAGCAAAAAUUUUUAUAGGUACAUGGAACGUUCGAACAAUGUGGGAAACCGGGAAGACCAGUCAAAUAUCAAUGGAAAUGAGGAGAUACAACUUAGCAGUACUGGGAAUCAGCGAAACCCACUGGACCCAAGCUGGACAGAAAAGGCUAGCUACGGGAGAGAUGCUGCUAUACUCCAGUCACGAAGAGGAAAAUGUUCCACACACUCAGGGAGUCGCUCUUACGCUGUCCAAAGUAGCUCGAAAUGCACUUGUAGGAUGGGAAUCUCACGGAUCCAGAAUCAUCAAAGCAUCAUUGAAAACAAAGAAGGAGGGGUUCUUAAUGAAUAUUAUCCAAUGUUAUGUACCCACCAAUGAUAGCAACAACGACAUUAAAGAUCAAUUCUACGAGCGGCUGCAGUCAAUCAUUGAGAAAUGCCCAAGGAAGGACCUAACUAUUCUGAUGGGAGAUCUAAAUGCCAAAGUCGGAAUAGAUAACACUGGAUAUGAAGAUAUUAUGGGACGACAUGGACUGGGAGAAAGAAACGAAAAUGGAGAAAGAUUUGCAAAUCUAUAUGCAUUCAACAAAUUGGUCAUAGGAGGCACAAUAUUUCCACACAAGCGUAUACACAAGGCUGCAUGGAUCUCACCGGAUCACACUACAGAGAACCAAAUAGAUCAUAUUUGCAUCAACAAAAAAUUCCGAAGGACAAUGGAAGAUGUGAGAACCAGGAGAGCUGCUGACGUAGCUUCAGAUCACCACCUAGUUGUAGCCAAUUUAAAACUGAAGCUAAAAAAGAACUGGACAAGUGGACAAACAGCAAUACAAAGGUUCAAUACAGCCUUCCUUUGAGAUACUGACAAACUCAAUGAAUUCAAGAUAGCUCUCAACAACAGGUUCCAAGCCUUACGAGAUCUACUGAAAGAAGAAGAAACUACUAUGAAGGACAACUGGAAAGGCAUCAAGGAAGCAUUAACUUCAACGUGUCAAGAGGUUCUCGGUCUAAAGAAAUACCAUCAUAAGGAAUGGAUCUCUACAGAAAAACUGGACAAGAUCAAAGAAAGGAAGAACAAGAAGGCAGUAAUAAACAACAGCCGAACACGAGCAGAGAAAGUCCAAGCACAAGCUGAAUACAUAGAAGCAAACAAACAAGUGAAGAGGAGCAUUAGAGCCGACAUGAAGAAAUACGUGGAAGAACUAGCAACGACGGCAGAGAAAGCUGCUAGAGAAGGAAAUAUGAAAUAGCUUCACGAUACAACGAAGAAACUAGCAGGGAAAUACAGUAAACCAGAGAGGCCGGUCAAAGACAAAGAAGGCAGGAAGAUCACUGAAAUCCAACAACAGCGGAACAGAUGGGUAGAAUACUUCGCGGAACUCCUGAAUAGGCCGGCUCCAAUGAAUCCACCGGACAUCGAAGCAGCACACAUAGAUCUUCCUAUAGAUGUCAAUCCACCAACUACGGAAGAAAUUAGAAUGGCCGUCAGACAAAUCAAGAACGGGAAAGCAGCAGGACCCGACAACAUACCAGCUGAAGCACUGAAAUCAGACAUCGAAGCAACCACAAGCAUGCUUUAUCUUCUAUUCAAAAAGAUUUGGGAGGAGGAACAAGUGCCGAUGGACUGGAAAGAAGGACACCUCAUCAAGAUUCCAAAGAAAGGAGAUCUGAGCAAGUGUGAAAACUACAGAGGCAUUACACUACUGUCAAUACCAGGGAAAGUCUUCAACACAUUGUUGCUGAACUGGAUGAAGGAUGCAGUAGACGCCCAACUUCGGGAUCAACAAGCUGGAUUCCGUAAGGAUCGGUCGUGCACAGACCAAAUCGCAACACUACGGAUCAUCGUCGAACAAUCAGUUGAGUGGAACUCAUCACUAUACAUCAACUUCAUUGAUUAUGAAAAGGCAUUCGACAGUGUAGAUAGGAGGACAUUAUGGAAACUUCUUCGACACCACGGAGUUCCUGAGAAGAUUGUCAAUAUUAUCCGGAACUCAUACGACGGACUACAGUGCAAAGUAGUGCAUGGAGGACAGCUGACAGAUGCAUUCCAAGUAAGGACCGGAGUCAGACAAGACUGUUUACUCUCUCCCUUCCUCUUUCUUCUGGUGGUCGACUGGAUUAUGAAGACCUCAACAUCUGAAGGAAAACACGGAAUACAAUGGACAGCUCAGAACCAAUUAGACGAUUUGGACUUCGCAGAUGACCUAGCCCUCCUAUCACGUACACACGAACAGAUGCAGAUGAAGACAGCCAGUGUAGCAGCAGUCUCUGCAUCAGUAGGCCUCAGUAUACACAAAGUGAAAACCAAGGUCCUCAAAUUCAAAGCGGAGAACAGCAAUCCAAUCACCCUCGAUGGCGAAACUCUGGAAGAUGUAGAAUCCUUCACAUAUCUGGGAAGCAUCGUCGAUAGACAUGGAGGUUCAGAUGCAGACGUAAAGGCGAGGAUCGGCAAAGCAAGGACAGCAUUCCUACAAUUGAAGAACAUAUGGAACUCAAAACAACUUUCAACCAGUAUCAAAGUGAGAAUCUUCAAUACGAACGUCAAGGCAGUUCUACUGUAUGGAGCUGAAACUUGGAGAACUACAACAACCAUCAUCAAGAAGGUGCAAGUAUUUAUAAACAGUUGUCUACGCAAGAUACUCAACAUCCAUUGGCCGGAUACCAUCAGCAAUAGCCUUCUCUGAGAGAUAACAAACCAGCUUCCAGCCAAAGAAGCAAUUAGGAAAAGACGAUGGAAAUGGAUAGGACAUACAUUACGCAAAUCGUCAAACUGCAUCACGAGGCAAGCCCUAACUUGGAAUCCUGAAGGGAAGCGAAAAAGAGGAAGGCCAAAGAACACAUUACGUCGGAUAAUAGAAGCAAAUAUGAAAACGAUGAAUUACAACUGGACGGAGCUAGAAAGGAUUGCCUAGGACAGGGUUGGAUGGAGAAUGCUGGUGAGCGGCCUAUGCUCCUUCACGAGGAGUAACAGGCCUAAGUAAGUAAGUAAGUCAUAUGCAUCUACCUAGUCGAUAAAUGAUUCAUGUUCAUUGGCUCAUCCAUCAUCGACCAUUCUCGUAUCUCAUCAUUCUAAUAACUCAAUGACUAUAGGUAAUAUUUACUGAUAAUUACAUGAGUCACAUCCACUGACCUGACUGUCGUUAUGUAUACAAUAUAAAUAAACAUAUGGUUUUAACAUACAUGUAAUGAGUGAAUAUAGACCUUUUUUUCUCAAGUGCUUGAUCACAGAAAUCAUUAUGAUCUGCUCAAAACCAUUAAAUCUACUCAUAUGGCAGAAAGUGUCACCUUGCCUUACAAAUUUAUAAACAAAUAUAAAUACAUGAUGAAUUCUAUAAUAAAUAUGGAGGUAGGCUUUGACUACAUGACUUGAAAUUACACUUACAAGAUUGAACAGAAUUACUGAAUCUUGCUUUUCUAGUUUCCAGUUUUUCACCCUUAAAAAUUAAAAAUAUACUUCUCUAGGCUAACUCAACUAUAUGGUUUUCUGAAAUAUAAGUUUGAUAUAGCGUCAGAAAUAAGUGCCCUUUUCUUGAAUAGAAUCUACAUUAUCUCAAUCUCGUGUUAGCUCAUUUGAAGAGCCCUAGAACAGAAAAAAGUAACUGUCGACUGCUUCAUAUUUUUGACUGCGUGGAAAUGGCUCCUGGUGAACUCAAGGAUGCUUUAAGAAGCUCUACAAGAGCUGAAGACAUUCCAUCCAAUCAUCAUUUGGAGAAACGUCUCAAUGUGUAGUUUCUCGAUUAAACAAAUGCUAAAAACUACUUCACUCGAAUCGGAUGAUUGUAAUGAUUUUAUUUUUACUAAAAACUAUAAAUACCCAUUUGAAGUAAGUGGCACUGAAUUCAAGUCCUUGAGUGAACAUUGACUCAGGAGUACAGUUACAUUUAACCGAUGAGCCCAAUCUUUUCACUUAUAUUAAAAUACAUGAACAAAACAAGAGAACAUUUGUGUGAAUUUAUUUGAACUUAAGUAUUGUCUAUAAAAUAUGUUUUAUGCACAACACAAAACAAAUCUCAAAUUAAUGGAGAAUCACUUUUCACCAUGCGCUUCUAUGUAUUGGAAACAAAUACGUACAAAUCACGGGAAAUCCAAUUAAUUCAGGUACUAUUAUUUCUUGGAUUUCAAAUAAUUCUAACAAUGGGAAUCACACUUGGUUUGUCAGUAAUUCAAGUUCACUAGAUAAUAUUAUCCAUCUACAAAUAGAAUAAAG